UCUCCUACAUCAGCGUUUGUGACUUUGAGUUCGAGCGUCGUCAUUUGCAGUGUCAGCUUUUGUUUUAGGUUAACGAGAAAUAUUUUUGUAAUCAGUUUCGAAUAUUUCAAGAUAGAAAAUUAAAAAUACCAAAUUUAAACAUUUAGCGUCGUCAUCUCAGUGUAAAAAUGGGCGAUAGUGAUGACGAGUAUGAUAGAAAACGUCGUGAUAAGUUUAGAGGGGAACGCGGUGGAACUGGGGGCAACUCUGAAGGAGGCUAUAGAGGCAGCGAAAGAAGUCGUGAUGACCGAAACAGGGGCAGAGAUGAUUGGCCUGACAGGAGCAGAAGGGAUUAUCGGGAUUAUCGUGCAGGUGCAGCUGUUGGAUCAGGCUCUGGGGGAAGAGGGGGUUAUUCACCACCGCCAGGAAGAGGAGGUGGUGAUGGUCCACCAGUAAAAAGGAUGCGAGGAGACUGGGAUGAUGCAAGACCUAGAUAUGGUAUGCACGAUGGCUAUGGAAGCUAUGGAUGGCCUCAUCAUGAUCAUUAUGGAGGAUAUGUACCACAUAGAGGAGCAGUCUUAGAUUCUCACAUGGGUAAUGUUGGAGGUAAUAUGGCUGCUAACAAUGGUGACACGCAGCCAGCCAUGAUGUCUUUUAAAGCAUUUUUGGCAGCCCAAGAUGAUGCUAUUACUGAUGAUGAUGCAGUAAAAAAAUAUGGAGAAUACAAACUAGAAUUUAGAAGGCAACAGCUCAACGAAUUCUUUGUGGCACAUAAAGAUGAGGAAUGGUUCAAAAUCAAAUACCAUCCUGAAGAAUCUUUAAAGAGACGUGAAGAACAACUUGCUUCUUUAAAGAAUCGUCUUAAUGUGUUUUUAGAACUCCUGGAAGGAGGGGUGAUUGAAUCUGUAAGUGUGGAUUCUGAUCAAUCCGAUAAGAUAAUUAGAUUACUUGACACUGUUGUUAUCAAACUUGAGGGUGGCACCGACGAAGAUUUAAAGGUGUUGGACGAGGAUACUUCUUCAGCUCCAAAUGCUGCUACAGAUAAACCUGAGGCUGAUACUAAAAACCCCACUGAAAGUGUAGAUAAAAAUGUAAAAGAAGAAAAAGUUGGAAGCGAUGAAAAUGAAGGAUCUGAAGAACUAAAACUCAAUGAUUUUUCUAAAACAUCAGAUGAAACAAAGUCACCUGACGCGGGCCAAAAAGAUGAGGGUGAAGAGCUCGAUGGAUCCAAAAAAGAUUCUGAUCAGCAGAGUGAAAAGGAACACACAAAACAAGAAAAUAAAUCAAAAGGAAAUAAAAAACGCAAGCGAAAUUUUUCAUCUGGUACUGAUGGGGAAAAUGGUGAUAGUUCGGCUAGUGAGUCCAGCAGUGAUUCCGAUUCAGAUGAUGCUCAUAAAAAUGACAAUGACAAUGACGAAAGCACUAAGUCUCAGAAUAAGUCUGAUAAAGAAGAUGAUCAGAAUGAUGAAAAUAAAUCCUCAAAAGAUGAUUCAAAUGAAAAAAAUGAUGAAACUAAAGUUGAGAAAGAAGUUGAAACAAUGGAGAUAGAAGAAAGCAAAUCAGAUGAAACUGAGAAAAAGGAGCCUCCUCCAAGAGCUGCUUUACACAAAACCACAUCAAUUUUUCUCAGGAAUUUGUCACCGACUAUCACAAAACAAGAAGUUGAGGCUAUGUGUAAGCGUUAUCAAGGGUAUUUACGCGUUGCUAUUGCUGAUCCAUUGCAAGAGCGAAGAUGGUAUAGAAGGGGUUGGUUAACAUUCCGAAGAGAAGUAAAUAUUAAGGAUAUUUGUUGGAAUCUCAACAAUAUCAGGUUGCGUGAAUGUGAACUCGGUGCAAUUGUGAAUCGUGACUUAUCUCGGAGAGUUAGAGCGGUCAGUGGUCUCACUGCACACAAACAAGUUGUCAGGUCUGAUAUAAAACUUUGUGCAAGAAUUGCUCAUAAUCUGGACAAUAAAGCUGGCUUAUGGAAAGAUGAAAAUGAUCCUAAAGAGACACCAGAAGAUAAUUCAUUUGGCCUGGUAUCAAAAAAUCCAGUAUUGCAAAAUAUUACUGACUACUUGAUAGAGGAAGCAUCAGCAGAGGAGGAUGAAUUAUUAGGUUUAACAAAUACAUCAGAGACCGAUAGUGCCAAUGCUAAUACAACUGAAGGUUCUUCUGAAAAAGGUGAAAACCAGACUAACACUUCUGAAAAUGCUGAAACUCCAACUGAAACAGUGGUAGACACAAUUGACAGAGAUCCACAAUUGACAAGAGUGCUCGAUAAAUUAAUUUUAUAUUUACGAGUGGUGCAUUCUGUAGAUUUUUAUAAUCAUUGCGAAUACCCUUAUGAAGAUGAAAUGCCAAAUAGAUGUGGAAUCAUUCAUGCUCGAGGUCCAGCUCCAGCUAAUAAAGUGUCGCAAAAUGAUUUGUUAGAUUAUAUUAGAUUAUUUGAAAAUAAGAUGUCCACUUUCUUGCAACCACACCAAACUUUAGAUGCUGAAGAACUUGCAAAACUAGGAUCUAAAGAUUCAGAUGGAGAAGUUGAAAAAUUUGUUCAAGCAAACACCCAAGAAUUGUCAAAGGACAAAUGGUUAUGUCCAUUGUCAGGGAAAAAGUUUAAAGGUCCUGAUUUCAUAAGAAAACAUAUUUUUAAUAAACAUGCAGAAAAGGUAGAAGAAGUCAGGAAAGAAGUUGAAUAUUUUAAUAAUUACUUAAAAGAUCCUAAGAGACCGCAGCUGCCCGAGCAUGCUGGAAAUGCUCAACAGCGAAGAAUGGAGAAUAUGGUUCACCACCCUUAUGGUAGUUACGGAGGAGGUGUAGGGGGCGCAAUGUAUGGUGGUCGUGGAGGUGGCUAUGGUGGCGGACCACCUCCACAUUCUGGAUAUGGUGUAUGGAACCAUGGAGGCGGUAGGCCAAUACGCGGUGGUUUUAAUAGAGGACGGGAACCACCAAAUACUGAUUCAAGAAGAGCAAUUGUUGCAUACAACGAUUUAGAUUGUCCAGAUGGUUAUGACUAUUUCUAAAAUUUCUGUAAUAUAAAUUUUUUUAAUGACAGAAAAAUCAGUGUAGCCGGCAAAACUCUGAACUUACAAAGCUCAUUUAAAAUAUUAUAUAUAAAUAAAUUUAGAACUUUUAGCAAACAAUUCUGUAUUAAA